UCCUUAUGUAUAGUCGUAUAUGUAUAUUUUAUAUAUGCUCUAAAGCCAUAUCUCUCUAGUAAAUUAUACUGUAGUUUUUUCACUCGUUUUCUUUCCUUCUUUCUUUCUUUCCUUCCAAACAUCUUUUAAAUAUAUUAAAUCGGAAAAAAGAAAAAAAAAAUUGCAGUGUAUGAAACAAGUCUGAAACAAUAGUAGGUAGUUGUGAAAGAAACACAGAUAUGAGAUUUUAUCCUCUUUAAGCAACGGUAUUUUUCAUUAUCCCCAAUUUGCCCUUCCUUGACAAUCAUAUCUCACUCCUCAACCUUCCUUAGAAGUCUCUCCACUAGAUCUUCUACAGUCCUACUCAUAAGAACAAUAUCUUAAAAGAUGACCAGCUGGGGCGAUCUUUACACCGUUUUAACGGCUGUGAUUCCACUAUACGUGGCUAUGAUCUUAGCGUAUGGUUCCGUCCGUUGGUGGAAGAUAUUCUCUCCCGACUAGUGCUUGGGAAUCAAUCGGUUCGUCGCCAUAUUUGCAGUUCCUCUCCUGUCUUUCCAUUUCAUUUCGACCAAUGACCUUUACGCCAUAAACUUUAUGUUCAUCGCCCCCGACACCCUGCAGAAACUUAUCAUGUUGUUUGCCCUUGGGUUGUGGGCUAAUUUUACUAAGAAUGGGAGCCUGGAAUGGAUGAUUACCAUCUUAUCUUUAUCCACUCUUCCAAACACCUUCGUCAUGGGCAUUCCGUUGUUAAUCGCUAUGUACGACGAGUACUCCGGAAUGCUAAUGGUUCAAGUCGUGGUUCUGCUGCAGUGUAUUAUUUGGUACACUUUUCUACUUUUUCUAUUUGAGUACCGUGGGGCCAAAAUGCUCAUCAUGGAACAGUUCCCCGAAACAGCGGCUUCCAUAGUUUCAUUUAAAGUUGAUUCCGAUGUGGUUUCGCUUGACGGUCGUGUUUUUCUCCAAACUGACGCUGAAAUCGGGGAAGACGAGAAGCUUCAUGUUGUAGUGAGGAAAUCCAAUGCAUCGAGAAGGUCGUGGCCUGGUUCGCUUCCGGUAUUGACACCCAGGCCAUCCAAUCUCACCGGUGCUGAGAUAUACAUCUUGAGCUCGUCUCGAAAUCCCACUCCCAAGGGCUCGAAUUUUAACAACUCCGACUUUUAUUCCAUGAUGGGCAUUCAAGGAUUUCCCGCGAGGCAAUCUACUUUCGGUCCAACUGUUUUGUACUCUGUUCAGUCAUCAAGGGAACCAACUCCAAUACCUUUCAAUUUUGAAGAAAAUAGUACGGUCAUGUCUUCACGAUUUGGAUUUUAUCUAGCACAGUCGGCUCCUUCUUCGUACCCUGCUCAAAAUUCUGAAUUUUCCUCCCUCGCAAAGAACGCUAGUAAAAACAACUAGGCCCAGCACCCGCAGGAGAACAAUAACGUGAAUCAUGAUGCAAAAGAACUACACAUGUUUGUGUGGAGUUCCAGUACUUUGCUGGCAUCAGAAGGUGAUGGCCUUCACGUGUUUGGUGGGGCAGAUUUUGGAGCGUCCAAGCAAUCUGGACGGUGAGAUCAGGGCGCUAAAGAGAUCAGGAUGUUGGUCGCUGAUCACUCUCAAAACGGGGAAACCGAAGCCAGUGGUGAGUUGGAUGGAGAAAACUUUGGAUUUGCUAGAAGAGACGGCGAAGACGAGAGAGAAAAUGGAGGACCCAAUGAACUCAAUAAGUUGAAGUCCAAUUCAAAAGCGGAGCUCCACCCAAAGGCCGUCGUUGGAGCACUUAUCGGUGGUGGCAAACAAAUGCCUCUGGCGAGUGUAAUGACCCGACUAAUCUUGAUCAUGGUUUGGCGGAAGCUUAUCUGAAACCCCAACACAUAUUCCAGUAUCAUUGGGCUGGUUUGGUCCCUAAUUGCUUUCAGGUGGCAUGUGAGUAUGCCCAAAAUAUUAGAGAAAUCUAUCUCCAUUUUGUCAGAUGCUGGACUAGGAAUGGCCAUGUUUAGCUUAGGUCUGUUUAUGGCCCUGCAACCCAAGUUGAUCACUUGCGGGAACUCUGUAGCUACCUUUGCCAUGGCGGUUAAGUUCUUGAUCGGCCCCGCUGUCAUGGCUGCUUCUUCUAUUGUAGUAGGGUUGCGCGGCACGCUCCUCUGCAUCGCCAUUGUUCAGGCUGUUCUCCCACAAGGAAUUGUACCCUUUGUAUUCACCAAGGAGUACAAUGUUCACCCUGCAAUUCUUAGCACCGCGGUUAUCUUUGGGAUGUUGAUAGCAUUAUCGAUAACACUGGUGUACUACAUUCUUCUAGGACUGUGAGGCUUUUCUUUUGUUUUUGAGUCAUAGGAGCGGUGUUAUAUGUUUGGGAGCAAGCAUUCAUCAAAAUCGGUUUACAUCCUUAAUUAAAAGCUCGAGGAUUUGCUGGGAAAGAAGCUUCCAUUACAAAAUAAUUUGCCAAAGGGCUCCGAACUAUUUGGAGGUAAUGCUUAGGUAAAGGUAAUUGACUUAGGGGAGACAUUGAAGAGCAAAACCAGGGUUGUUUCCACUCGAUAUUAUGCUUUGUUGUAAAGUUUAAUGUCCUUGUAUUUGCAAAUCGACAAAGGGAUAUGAUUAAUGAAAUCAAGUAGAAGAGGAAAUAAAGGGGAUUUUCUAUUUUUUUUAAUUAUAGAUUAGUAAAAAUGAGUUUUUGUUUUGUUGUUAGUGUUGGUUUUGAUCGUCCGUAGAAGCAGCAAUUAUUUGCGGUUGUCGUGUUGCUUUGGUUUGUGUACUUUUAAACUGUUUUAGGAUAUUGUUUUAUGAUUAUGAAAGAGAUCCAAAA